ACAGAUCCUGCGUUGUUUUUCUUUACUUAACUUUCUUACACCGCCCAUUAAGUCGAGAAAAAAACAAAACAAAAACGGGUCGUUCUCCCCACAUUGGCUGCUAAAUAAAUAGCUUUUGUUUUUAAUCCAUAACUCAUGUUUUGGUGUCUUUAAAUCAAUGUGUUAUUGUUAUCCGUAAACAUAAUUAUGUGUGGGGAGGAAAAAAGCCACAUCAAAAGUGGAGAUCGUUGUUUAAUUUCGUUCUUGCUUGCUUAAUCUGUGUAUUAAGUCUGUAACAUUCAGCUCUGCAUGUUCAUGUUCAGUGUUAUUGACUGCGUCCAUAAUUAGCAUGCGGGAACACGCUGAGAACACCGAGCCCUCAGCUCUCUCUCUCUCUCUCUGGCACAAGUAGUAGUCUGACUGGAGCAGCUGUACCGACUAGAUCAGCACUUCUUUAUGUUUCCCCUCCAUGUCUGAUAAUGAAUCAGCCGAAAUGACAGAUAUAAGGUCACUGUAAACAAACAAAUGAGACUAAAAGGGACUCUAUGGGAAAGCACUUCUCUACAGUACAGUACAAUCAUCUGAGUAAAAGAUUUUGAAUUACUCAUUUUGGUUGGUGCUUGGUUAGCUUAUGUAUAAAUGACGCUAUUGUUAAAAAAACAAAAUGGGUUCUGCUUCAUAGAAUUCAUCUAAAUUAGCCAAUAAAUGGCCUAUUUCUUAAAUAUUAAAAGAUGUAUGACUUCCAAUGAUGGUUGAUCAAAGUUUCAAGAUGUUUUUGAAUUAACCCUGUCUAGGCCAUCAUGUGUUUUGUUCCAGCAUAGCCUUUAUUUUUAACACUUUUUUCACUUAAAGCUAGAAAGGAUUCGGUUCGAGAAUGUUUUUGUUUUCAUUUUGCGCUUGUGUUGAACUCUAAAGUCUGCAGUUCUUUGGAAGCUAAGAAAAAACUUGUUAUUGUCAGACUGAAUUAAAACUCAGGGUCUCCAGCUCCAGUCCUUCCACCUUCAUGAAGUUCUGCAGAGACCAGGCGGCGAGUAAUUCAUUUGAUUCAGACGUGACAACACGCCUAAAGUCCAACCGGAGGCUCCCUGCUCAACAUUUUUGAUGAUCUGCACAACAUCACCCCAGGGAUUUGGCCUCUGAAAAACACAAGCCAUGUACCAAGUGGUGCCCGGCGGCGCCGGGGGCACGAUUACAGAUGUUCUCCCCAAGCAGAAGCACACCAAGGAUUCUCGGCCCUUGGUUGGAGCUGGAGUUAUCGGCCUGUUUCUGGUCAUCGCAGCCGUGACUGCCUGGUGUUAUUACAUAGCCUCCCUGCGCAAAGCUGAGCUGUUGAAGACUCAGCUGCUGGAUCUCAAUAAGGACGGUUACAUUAUACGCAACCAGGGAGGGUCCAUUGUCUUCAGAAUGGAUUUCAGAUCAGGGACCCUGGACUUGGACUCCUGUUCCAAAGAGGAGGAAAUUCUUCGUUGUGUUCGGACCACUGACAGGAAACUUAAGUUUUUCAUAAAAACAGUGCGGCCCAAGGACACUGUGCAGUGCUAUCGUGUGCGCUGGGAAGAACUGGUCCCCAACAUUCCUGUUGAGCAUGCCAUGACUUACAAGUUUGCGCACUGGUAUGGGGGAGCAGUGUCAGCAAUUCAGCACUGGCCUAUUUCUAUUUCAGGCCAACAGGCUCCCAAGCCCUUUGUUACGAGCGACAUUUACUCAAACCGAGGAGAAUUUGGAGGAAUCUUAGAAAGUUACUGGUUGUCAUCCAACGCCACUGCCAUCAAGAUCAACAACUCUGUGCCUUUUCACCUUGGCUGGAAUGACACGGAAAAAACCAUGUACUUCCAAGCAAGGUACCAUGAUACCCCUUUCAAGCCAAACCCGGGUGAGGCUCCUUGUGCUGAACUGAGCUACAGAGUCUGUGUAGGUUUGGAUGUGACAUCCAUUCACAAGUACAUGGUUCGGAGAUACUUCAACAAACCAUACAAAGUGCCUGCCAAAGUCAUGUUUGAGCAUCCUAUUUGGUCGACUUGGGCUUUAUAUAAGCGUGAUAUUGAUCAAGAAAAACUUUUGACCUACGCUGCCAACAUUCGCAAGUACAAUUUUAACUGUAGUCAUCUGGAACUCGACGACCGCUACACAAAACGUUAUGGAGAUUUUGAGUUUGACCCAGUCAAGUUCCCUAAUGCAUCUGAAAUGUUCCAAAAGUUAAAAUCGGAUGGCUUUCUGGUGUCUCUAUGGAUUCAUCCUUUCGUUAACUAUGACUCUGAAAACUUUCAUCCUCUGGUAGAGCGAGGGUUGUUUGUCCGAGAGCCAACUGGACGGCUGCCUGCGUUGGUUGAUUGGUGGAAUGGCAUUGGCGGCAUCUUGGACUUCACCAACCCAGAGGCCCGGGAAUGGUUUGCCUCCCAGCUACGUUCCCUGCGCUCAAAGUAUGGGGUGUCCUCUUUUAAAUUUGAUGCAGGGGAAACGAACUACUUACCUUGGAAAUUUAGCACAAAGAAUCACAUUCGCGACCCCAGUUUUUUCACAAGGCGCUACACAGAGAUGGCUGUUCACUACAAUGAUCGAGCUGAGCUGCGCAGUGGUUAUCAGUCCCAGAACAUAUCCUGCUUCUUCAGACCGAUUGAUAGAGAUUCUGUCUGGGGUUAUGAGCUGGGCCUCAAAUCUCUCAUCCCCACGGUGCUCACCAUCAGCAUCCUUGGGUAUCAGUUCAUCCUGCCAGACAUGAUCGGGGGCAACGCCUACGUGAACCACACAAGCGGAGAUCGGGCAUUACCUGAUCGAGAGCUGUACAUCCGCUGGCUGGAGCUGUCUGCCUUCAUGCCUUCUAUGCAGUUUUCUAUACCUCCAUGGGAAUACGAUAAUGAGGUGGUGGAAAUUGCUCGGAAAUACACAGCCAUUCACAAAAGUCUUGUGGCACCGCGGGUCCUCGAGCUGGCAGGGGAGGUUUUGGACACUGGAGACCCGAUCAUACGGCCACUGUGGUGGAUUGCCACUGGGGAUGAGACGGCCUAUAAAAUUGAUUCCCAGUUUCUGAUUGGGGACGACCUGAUGGUAGCUCCAGUUUUAGAGCCUGGAAAGCAAGAACGAGACAUAUAUCUACCCGCUGGGCACUGGAGAAGCUACAAGGGGGAAAGAUUCGACAUCAAGGAGCCGCUGCACCUCACAGAUUAUCCGGUAGACCUGGAUGAAAUUGCCUACUUUCUUUGGGUUUAGCAAGAAAGAAAAUGAAAGACUUGAUCAUUUCAUGCUCCCAUUUCCCUUCUUUUGUGCCUUUCAAAGAGAUUCAGACACCUUUCAUAUUUUGUCGCUCUACAAGCAUAAAAGUCAAUGUAUUUUCAUAAACUUUUAUGUGUUGAUUUCCCACAAAGUAUAAUGUAAUCUAACAUGAAGUAAAAGGAUACAUGGUUUUAAAAAAAUUCUGCAGCUGGAAGUGUAAUUUGGAUUUUUCUUCUUGCUUUUCACAUCUAGAGACUGAAAUGUUUCUCCAUUGGUCUUUGCAAAAUAGCACAACUUAAUCAGAUUUGAAGUAGAGCAUCCUGGCACAGAUUCUCAUUUUUUUCUCAUCCACAUUAGUAGAGGCCAUAACAAUUUUUAUAAAAAUCUUCUAGAAUUGAGUUUUUGAUCUGUGCUGCUCCUUCAUUGACCACAAACUUCAUGACUACUUUUCAGAUUAAUGCUCCACUUGCCUGACUUUAUGAUAGUCAUGUCUUGGCAGGUUUGCAGUUUUGUGACAUUUUCUAUUUUUAGAUCACAGAUUGAACAGCCCUCUGUGAGAUCCUCACAGCUAUGGACAGUUUUGUAAGCCAAAUCUGCUAUAAGCUUAUCAGCAAGUUUAUUGAUAUGUUCUUUGGUCUUUAUGUUGCUGUUUGUUCCCUCAUAUUCUUCAACAAAUUGCCUUAAAAAAGCACCUAGAUUUAUUCAUAUAAAUGGACACAGUGGUUUCUCAAGGCAAUUGGUGGCCCUGGAUUUUCUUAAGGAACAUCAGAGUAAAGGGGGGCUGCAAGAAAACCAUUUCAGAGUUGUAAAAUAUCUUAAAAGCCACGCAUCUCUCAUCAACCCUUUCACAAUUACUUUAUGUUAUGCCACAAAGAUCCCAAUAAAUUCAUUGGGAUUUGUGGUUGUAAUGUGACAAAAUGUGAAAAAGUUUAAGGGGUUUGGAUAGUUUGCCACUGAAUAAGAAUCUCAGGUGACAUGAUGUGAAAUGUAAGAAAGUUCACCUUCCCUAAAAUAGCUGUGAACAGGAAUUUAACUUGUGAAAUUGCAGCAGAUCUGAAAAGCUUGGUCUUUAUUUGAAUUUAGUUUUUUUUAAUUGCUUAUUGUUGCCAUAUUCUUUAGCAUUUGCCACUUUUUAAAAACAGAAAUCUGUUAUCUUUAGCCAGCACUGGCCACUUUAUGCCAUUCUGCCUUACCAAGAGCUGCAAAAGAACUAAGAGCACAUUUAUAUCGCUGUAUAAUCUCAAGCUUAUUGAAUAAGCAGGCGGAAUCCAGAUUUUAGAUAUUUAUCAUAUUUAGCACCACUUCAAGUCUUAUAUUAAACAUUUGGUAAAGAGGAAUAUAUAAGCCAAGAAUUGUUUGCCAUAAAGCUGUUUUAUCAGUACUAUUAGGCAGAUUGCACGCUAAAUGAUGAUAUCCUGUUCUCCUGUGACUCCGACUGCUCUUCUCGUCGUUUGUUGAUUCUUAUCAGGAAGCCAGGUUUAACGCUUCAGCUAUCAGGACAAGAAGCUGCAGGUUUAAUCAUUACAUUGCUCUGACUGUGUAACGUGGUGCCUUGUAACACGUUUUGGACAAGUAGAAGACGAUUUAAAUAUUUAACGCUUUUCCUCAGGUAACAGCUUUCUCAGGCUUUGUUGUGUUUGAGGUGUGUAACUCUUAUUAAUGCUUUCAAACAGCUAGAAACAUUUUAAUGUAAUAUAUGUGGAUGGCUGUAACUGGAAUCCUAAGUGUUUAUUCAGCUUUUUAUCAAUUAAAUAAUAAAUAAUUAUAAUUUUGUUAGGGGCUGCACAGUGGUGCAGUUGGUAGAGCUGUUGCCUUGCAGCAAGAAGGUCCUGGGUUCGAUUCCCAGCCCGGGGUCUUUCUGCAUGGAGUUUGCAUGUUCUCCCUGUGCAUGCGUGGGUUCUCUCCGGGUUCUCCGGCUUCCUCCCACAGUCCAAAAACAUGACUGUCAGGUUAAUUGGUUUCUCUAAAUUCUCCCUAGGUGUGCAUGGUUGUUUGUCUUGUAUGUCUUUGUGUUGCCCUGCGACAGACUGCCGACCUGUCCAGGGUGAACCCCGCCUCUCACCCGGAACGCAGCUGGAGAUAGGCACCAGCAACCCUCCCGACCCCAUUUAGGGAAGAAGGGUGUAAAGAAAAUGGAUGGAUGGAUUUUGUUAGUCAAUAGCUUAUCUGACCUGGAUUCCCAGCCUAAAUGGUACAAUAUUUUCUUGCCAUAUUUCUUUAAUGUAAUGUUUAUGUAUGUUUUUCACUAUGUUGCUACAAGCUGCUCAUUUACACUGUUUCUUUUAAGAUCGUGGAACAUCAGUUGUGGCCAUAUAAGCUUUUUUAAAAGGAUUUUUUUUUUUUUUGUAACUAAAGAUGAAACAGAUAUCAAUCAUCUGAUUCAGGAUCGGAGCUCCAGACGUGUGACAUCUCCAAUUAAUACCCAAGAAUACCUCCUCUGUUUCCCCCAACCCAAAAUAAAAUAAGACAAAUACUGUGAACAAGUGCCAACUUCAUUUGUGCUUCACAUAUUCAGUCAUAUAAAAAGUGACGUAAUUCAAGGACUCCUUUAUGACAGAACUUUUAGUAUACUUAUUUUUGUGUUAGUCUUUUAAAAAAUGUUUGUGAAUUCUUGUUCCUUUCUGAAGCUGGAAUAAAAUAUGACAUUGAAAUGUAAGACCAAGAGCUGACCCACUCCUCUCUCUAUUAAUGUGUGAAUUGACCCUUUUUGAAAUAUUGUAUAUUAAUGCUUUGUGCCUCUGACCCAUAAAGUGGUGCUAACCUGACUUGAUCCUUUAGCUUGCUGCUUCUGCACUGACCUCAGUGUGUUCUGUUUAUGUCCUUUGACAUCUUGUCAAGAAAACAUCGCUACGUAUUUAUAGCAGCUCUCACUUAGCAUCUGUGCCAGGCUCAUCUUUGACACCAUUUCUGUCUUAUGGCUAGACUGACUGGUCUGGCUAUUUUUGCUUUUGAUUCUUUGAGCUCAGUGUGUGCCUUUGAUGUUUAUUUUUAUUUUUUAAUAUAUGUUUGGAUGUGACUAAAAGGCUGCAUUCAUUCUAAUGUAAUUUUGUAUUAAUGCAUUAAAAGAAUUACGAU